AUGGCAUCGCGAAGCUUCGGCCGAGAGCUCUUCGACAACCUCCCACCACCAUCCGAAUGUCUCGCGAUCCUCGUUGGAUGCGCCGAAAGCAUCAUGUUCGGUCUCGGAGGUCUGAAUGACCAAGUAGCAUGGGCCAAGAGCUUUGGAGUUCCCAUCGAUGCGCCGAAAGAUACUCAAGACCCGGCCCAGAACCAGAAGACCAAGAAAGCGCUUGUACAAGCCAUUGCUGCCAGGAAUCUUCAGAACGGAGCUCUCAUCCUCACGUUUGCCUGCUACACGCGAGACAGAACAGCUUUGGGGAUUGCAGUGGGAUAUGGAGUCAUCACGACACUUGCGGAUUAUAUCAUUGUCAAGAAUAGCGGUGUACCGGAGCUUGCUCCAGGGCAUGCAAUUGGGAUCAUGAAUUCGUUGCUUAUAGGCGGAUCUCUGCUCUACUGGCGCCGCGAUGACCCUUGGUGGUAA